UCACACCGUUCUCUGUGUAACCAUGUCCCUGUCCUUUCUUUCCCUGUCCCCACAGCCUCUCACGCCAUUCUGUGUUCUGAUGUCCCUGUCCCUUCCCUGUCCCCAAAGCUAUUCACGCCGUUCUCUGUGUAACAAUGUCGCUGUCCUUUCCCUGUCCCCGCAGCCCCUCACGCCAUUCCAUGUUGAUGUCCCCGCAGCCCCUCACGCCUUUCUCUGUGUAACCAUGUCCCUGUAGCCCCUCACGCCACUCUGUGUGUAACCAUGUCCCUGUCCUUUCCCUGUCCCCGCAGCCCCUCACACCGUUCUCUGUGUAACCAUGUCCCUGUCCUUUCCCUGUCCCCGCAGCCCAACGUGGCGUUCCGAGGCGGCGGCCGCUGCUGGGGCAGUGCGGAAGCGGGCGGGAGGCCCACGGACGUGUUCAGCGCCGCCCUGCCGGGCUCUGCCUCGCUCUAUGGCUGCUACAAAUCACAGAAUGAAGAAAAUGUGGAGUUACCUCAGGCCUACAGUUCUUCCCUUUCAACAUCAGAGUACUCUGCACCCAUGGACCCUUCCCUUUUGUACCCCCCUUGGUCUACAUGUACAGAUGACACCAAGCAGCCUGCUGCUCCUCAGAUUAACCUGAAAUCCAGGAUUCAGCCUGAAAGGAAUGAUUAUGGCAGCGAAACUGAUUUAUAUGGACUCGUGUCAAACAUCUUGGAAGAACAAGACAAACCACAGCCAUGCUUUGCUGAGGGGAGUUGCGCUCCCACCCUGAAGUCAGUGUGGCCAGUGAACACGACCAGAAUGGAGCACCAUGACCUGUUGCCAGAGGCCAGGAGGGCAGUUGUUGGAACAGUGUCCCAGCAGGGUUUCUAUGGCAGUGAGCCCGUCCCUGCUGCUGAGAAGCAGUUCCUGCAGAGUCCCACUCUGGUGGCACAGCAGAAAGCAGAUGACUGUUACCGUGGCUUUGCUGGUGUGGACCUGGAAGAGCAGAGCUUGUACUCCAGGAGUGAUCGUGCCAAUGGCUGCAACUUGCAGGCUAGUGAGAGUAUGAAGACAACAUCUGUGUAUCAGAACUAUCCCUACCUGAAAAACACCUUUGCAGCCCAGGCUGGGUACUCAGAAGCAAUCAAAGAGUCAGGAGCUGAUGCAUAUCCUUAUGGAAGGGAGAAGGUGUGUCCCAAAGGAGCAGAUGCACAGGUGCACCCAAAGCAGGCAGAAACAUUCCUUCCACAGUGUCACAGAUACAAUGAGAACACAGAUUAUACCAGAUACACUGAAUAUUCUCAUGCUGGUAAAGCAAAGCCCAACAAGGGCACCAACUGUAACCUCCAAGAAAAUAGAAAGCUGGUAAAUGGAACCCCUGAGGCACCACCUCUGGAUGCAGAGCCCUAUGCUAAAUUAUUUCAAGUUAAAUCAGGAAAUCAGAAAAAAUUUGAAGAUACAAUUUCAGAUCAGCACGACUUUACAUUUCCCAAGUCUGUAGGACUUGUAUCAGAAAAGCAAUUUGCAAGUGAAUCUUCCUUCAGCACUGAUUUUGGGCAAAAAUUUGAAUAUGGACUAAAACCUUUUGCAGCUUGUCCAGGGAAUAAUGGUGUGGAAAAGCAGCAGUUUUCCAAGGCCGAUCUUCAGAAUCCUGAAUUCUAUAAAUCACUCCCACUGUUGCCCAGUGCAGCAGUCCCCUCAGCAGGCUCUAGCGCCAGGCCAGGGUGGAUGAACAUCCAAACCAAAGCCACGGCUUCCAGCCCCUUCCAGAAUCCAAGUCCUUUGUUGAAACUGAAUAAUCAGUCACCUGCAUUUCCAAAAAGCUCUCGUCAUUCUAAUGAUGUUUUUCAGUUGCCAUCUUCAAAUUUGCCUUUGAAUAGUAAUUUACUUCACAAGUACUGUCAAGACAACCCAUUCCUGUCCAGCCCUGACUUUGGCUACAGCACUGCAGAGCGAGCUCGGGCAGCUGCGUGCAUGGAAGCCCUAGUUAGGGGUGGGGAAGAGAACCUCAUCGAGUACCUCAGUGAGAAGAAGUUGAAGCAGCCAAAUGGGUUCUGUGACAGUUACUUGGCUCAGCAGUUGGGGAUCAUUGACAAUCUGAACAAGCAGCGCUUCCAGCUGAAGCCGCAGAGCGAGCACUGUGAUCUGGAAGGGCAGAACCAGGCGGAUGGGGUGUUUCAGGACAUGUACCAGGAGUUGCUGGAGUCUCAGGGGCAGCUGCAUCUUGGGGCAGGGAAUGGGGACACCAGUGCCAUUGGUGCUGGGAGCUGCCUGCAGGCCCCAGGCAUUCCCAACUGCAUGGUGGGUGACUUCAGGCGGAACCGGCAGCUGGGCCCCAGCACCUUCCCCAUGAGGUCUGCUCACCUCUUGGGCCGCUCCGUGGUGCCUCUGGUGGAGCCUCACACCUUGUUCUCCCAGGAUGACCUCAAACGCCUCUACCCCUGCUUUACAGACAAGAUGUACAGUGACAGUGCCCUCUCUGGGUUCGUGUCAGCAUUUGGAUUUCAAAAACAAGUGAAGAGUCGCAGCGGGCCUGCCAGUGAGCUGCACGUGAGACUGGAGGAGUGUUAUGAGCAGUGGAGAGCUUUGGAGAAAGAAAGAAAGAAGGCUGAAUCAGCUCUUGCUAAGAAUUUCCAAGGGAAGAAGGUUUCCAGUACUAACAACAUUCCAAUUCCAAGGCUGACAUCAAAUCCAUCAAGGGUUGAUCGCUUAAUUGUGGAUCAGCUACGGGAACAAGCCAGAGUGGUGACUUUGCUGGGGAAGAUGGAGCGCCUGCGCAGCUCCCCGCUCCACGCCAACAUCUCCACUGCCCUGGACAAACAGCUGGAGUCCAUCCACGUGGUGCAGGCUCGCAGGAAGGACGAGAUUGUCAACACUUCCAGCCGCCAGCGGCACGGCCCGCCCAGGUGCCAGGACGAGAGAGUGGUGCUCGCCCUGGCCGCCGCGCUCCGGGCGCUGUGCCUGGCCACGCGCAAGGUCCGCACCGAGCUCUGGUGCGCCUUCCAGAUGACGCUGCCCAAACCCUCCGCUGGCAAACGGGCUCGGGAGAGACUUCCCCAGGAGGGGGCGGCGCCCGAAGAGAAAGGAGCCGAGACGCCCCCGGCUGCGGCUGCAGCCCCGCGAGUGCCCAGGGAAGGGGGGGCAGAGGGAGCCCCGGGGCCGUGCACGGACCUGCUCCACGGUGUGUAUGACAGAGGAGACGUGAAUUCCUCGUAAUUUUUGGUUCUUUUUAGUUACUUCAAAGUUUCAACUGCUAAAGUUCAUAUUUAAAGCUGUAUCUUGAUGAGGAGUGGGAUUUGCCUUAAGGGCUCUCAGGUUAAGCUGUUAACAUGUCGGGCAGGGUCAGAAUGUUGUAAAGCCAAACUGGUGAAUGUUAACUUAAACAAUCAGACUAAUUCGUUAACAGCCAAGAUACUAUUUAACUCCUGCGGGUGAAGCCUGGUGUCCAACUCUCCCCAUAACUCCUUUUAGUUUUGCUCUAGGAAAUAGGUUUUUAAAUAAUGAUUCUUAAAGACUGUGGUGUGAUGGGGUGUGAGGCUGGUGUCAGAUCAGAUUGUGAUGUAAAAUGGUUUCCUUCUUGAGCUAAAACCUGGAAACAAAGCAAAAAGGCUAGGAAUACCCAAUAUUCAUGUAAAAGUAGAUAUUUAAAAUACAAAUAUUUAUGGAUUUGAGAUUUUAAAGUCUACGUUUGGGAAAGGCAAUAUGCACCAGGUUCCACUAAAUUACCAGUAGAGCAGAAUUGCUGUGUGAAACCAUGAAUUUAGUGAAUGUGUUCAGGUAUUUGGAAUGCUCUUGCGAACAAAUGAACUACUGUUGUAAAGUAUUUAAGCAUAAUCAAACUACGACAGGCAGACAGGAUUGUCCUGCAGAGCUGUGAAGGAGCUUCAAUAAUGAGCGUUGUUUUUAAUUUAUCUUCAGAAAAGGUCGUGCCAAGUUCUGAAAUUUGGAUUUUCUUAAAGUUACUAGUUUGGUUUGAAAUUUGAUUGUCAACUUCUAGACUUCUUAGUUCCCUUCUGCAUUUGGGCAGCUCCCAGCACUGGUGCUUGCUUGCAGCUCUCAGUAUUUAGGAGCAGGAGUGGUGGAUUCACCAGCACCCAACACUGGUGCUCGGGACAGAGCGGCCCUGGGAGACCCACGAGCAGUGGGUUAAAGUUACUGAGCUGACCAUGCCUGCACACCCUGGUACUGACAUGGCUCUGUUCUUCCUGCUGCUGGGAAUGCUGAUAUGCAGAAGGGGUGAUGGCAUCAGAUAAAUUGUCAUUAGAUGAUGUGCAGAAAGGACUGAGAAAGGCUCAGCAGAAGGUGGGGUGUGAUCACGGCAACGACAGAAGUGCUGCCGGGUGAGUGGGGCAGAACAAGCACAGCUUCCUAACAGUCACUGCACUGGGGGUGGUUCAGUUUGACCCAGGCUGUGUUGAUGUUAAAGCAAAACUGACUGUGCUGA